UUUUUCUUUAUGCCCAAUUGAGAAUUGAGUACUUUUUCACCCAUUCUUUAGUGAAUUAUCAGAGUUGGUGAAUUUUUUUAGAUACAUUAAAAUAGAUUAAACAGAAGCCAUACAUUGUUUGGUCAGUUGUACAAGAUCAGUUCCCUGGAAGAAUAGCUGCUCUGGUUUGUUGUUUUGAAGAGGAGUCAAAAUUCACACCUCUGCUCCUGUGGCCUCUCCGAGCCUUUCCCAGACAGAUCCAGGCCGAGUCCUGGGGUCUGAGAGACAGCGGUGGCUAGCGUAAGCCUGCAGAGGUGUCACCUCGCACCUCUGAGUCCAACGUAUAAACCUCCAGCCCUCAGUCCAGCCUUCAGAGUCACACUAUGGAAAGCUCAAGCCACAGCCAGCAGAACCAGUGGAUCUAUUCGAGCUCUGAGUCAGAGUUCUGCAACGUUUCCUCUCCGGACACCGUCUCGCCGGACCAGGGCUUCUCGCCGUCCCUCCGGGCCCAGCCUGCGUGCUCCAAAUCAGUCAAAUCUACAGGUGUCGUCAAGAGAAAACGCAGGUUGAGGUUGAAGAACCCAAGCGAGCAACGGCAGAACGCCAGUGAGAAGGAGAAGCUGAGGAUGAGGGAUCUGACCAAAGCUCUCCACCAUCUCAGGACGUACCUGCCUCCGUCCGUAGCUCCCGUGGGACAAACCCUGACCAAGAUUGAGACCCUACGGCUCACCAUACGCUACAUCUCCUUUCUGUCGGCCCAGCUGGGUCUGAGCGAGGGAGAACUGACCCACAGGAGCCACGUGAACUCCAGCGGCGGCUCAUAUUCUCCAGAGAUCGUUGGCUAUUUUCAGUGCAGGUCUAUGGCUGGAGAUUGUGUCGGGCGGGGACGGUGUUACGGUCACUGUGAUGGACAGUAUGAGGGCAGCUCUGGUCAAUGUGUGGAUCAGUACAGCGCUUAUCCACAGCAACAUUCAACAGAGCAAAACCUCUCCGCAAAUAUAGACUUCCUUCAGUCACAACAGUGUGCUCAAACACAGACCUACCAGGUUUAUGGAAGAAACUUUGGCUAUCAUCUUGUUCCUCAAGCUUACUGGAGCUGA